CGACAACGACAACGACAACGACAACGAGGACGACAACGACAACGACAACGACGACGACGGCGCCAUGACGACAUGACGACGACGACGAGGACUCGCGCUUAGGUACCUUGUACCUACUACCGGAAUUCAAAAAAAUAAAAGAAUGUGCCGACGCGAUAGUACCUACCUAGGUGAGAGUCGAACCCUGGACCAAAAAGUGCAAAAACGAUCCCCGCGGGAGCGACCCGCGAGGAUCGGGAAAGUCACUCAGAGUAAACUAAAUCAAGGGUGGCGAGUCCUGACUCUUCAUUGGUCGUUUCAUUAUCACGAGAAAGCAACAUUUGGACUUUAAUAUAUAUGUCAACAAUUCCGUGGCGGGAAAGACCACGCAUACCGCCGCCAGAAUCGCGGUGAUACUGACGGCGACAACUGCAGUAUCUGUGAGACAAAAGGCACGAUAACUGCAUUGGUAAAAAGGCCACUUUCUGUUAUCAUGCUACCUAUUCAGUUGAUUCGAGUCUGCAUCUCCUGCUGGAACAGCGGACUCGACAGGUAAACAGCGCAGGCGAUACAGCCAGCGCACAACCGCACACCCGCAGCACCGCUACCUGACGGCGACGUCCAACUUUGCACCCGUACCGGAGCGACAGGCUCCACUUCUACUCAGGCGGCGGCAGCACACAUCCUCAUCACCAUCACCAGUGACGAGCGUGCGCAAUAGAGACUCCUCCCGAAAGCAGCUCAGCGGCAAUUCAAAGGAGCAUGCGGGAUCAAAGGACAUGCGCGCGAGGAUGCCUCUUCCAUGACCAAAGGCAGGCAGCCUGUGUCCGCGGCGUGCGUGUACAUCAGGGGGCUACUCGGCGCUGCUGGCAACUUGGCAAUACCAACGCUGGCACGACUGCCACCACAGGAGUUUCGCCGAGCCGAGCGACACAGUGUGUUCAUCGCCAGCGACGGCGACCACCGGAAGCAGACGGCGCAGUGCCAAAGCGUGCAUUCGGAUCAAAGACACCAGCAGACCAGCUCUGCGCCGCUCGCAGCUCGCCUGUACUAGAGCCCACCACCACCAUCAUAUGAGACGAAGGAC